GACCCGCUCCCGCUGUCCCACCGCAGGGUCAGGGUGCUCUCAUCCCUCCACCCUCCUGGAAGAUGCCUUCGGCCGCAGGGCGCCCCCAGCGUCCUCACCCUCGGCGGGCUGUGAGGACUACAGGCCCAAGCAGGUGGAGGGAAGUUCUGGGUUCUGAAUUCUGGGCUGAGCGAAACGCGCUGAUCUCAGUUCGCUGCACCGCCUGUAGCGACGGCAGGAGUAGGAGAGAGGGAGGGUGGGGAGUGUGCAUGCGCCAGUCUGUUCAUAUUUAAUUUACAAAGGAUCCUCGGAACCCAGGGUCGGGUGGUCUCUAUAGCUGCAGCACUCCUCGCCCGUCUCUCUCCCCCACCUCCUCAGCUCAUUAGAAUGCUCAACACUCAAAUAGGGAGAUCCAUCUCAAAGGCCCCAAAUCGGUUCUGUGGACCCACUGCCAGACACCCCACGGCCCGGGGUGAGAGCUGGAAGGCCACGUGCGCCCCUAGAGCUCAGUGUCUACGGAAAGGACCCGGGGAGACCGGGGCUCUGCGUGUCUCUUGGAGCCUGUACUCCUUUCCCGAUUCUGGCCAGCAACUCUGUCUCCAGGGCUGCCUUGGGCAGUGCAGGGGGACACAAAUCGAAUUUUAGCCCCAAUGCCUCGACAUCCCUGCGCCUCCACCUCCUUGUUGCUAAAAGAAAUGUCGCAGUUUGGCCAGAGACAGGGAGUGAGAGUCGGGAACAGCGAGUAUCCGAGUCUGCUGAGGCCGGCUGUUGUGUGAGGGCGUGAGACAGUGGGGCGGUGGCGGCCGCGGAGGCUUUGGGGGAUAGUGUGUGGGGUUGACGGUGUGUUUGCUUGUGAGGCUGUGAAGAUACUGGCGUGGGAGGGGGAGGGAGAGAGAUGCUCCGGCUUUAAGUUCCUAGCCCACAGUGCUCAGGAGGCGCAGACGUUCUGUAACCGUCCCUUUUGGGCCGCUGUCUGCUGCAGUCCCGGUGCCCCAUCCGCCUCUAGCUGGCAAGAUCUCAGGACGAGGCGCUUGGGUGCUCUCAGGCUGGUUUCCAGUUAAUAUAGGCUGAUAUCCGCUCGCCCCGCCCCACUUGGCGGUGCACAUCGGCCCGGGCCUUGGGCAUUGGGCUUCAACGCUGGUUUAGCCACAAAAGAGGAGACGUAAAGAGUCUGGCUUAAGAAGCUGGGCAGGGGCAGCGGUGGGCUAGAGAGGAGGGCGUCCCUUCCCCCCGCGCCGGGCAGGGCCCUGCGUUCCCGUCUUCGGGUUCCCGUCUACUGGCAGGGGGCGGGGAAGACCAGGACUCGUAUUUGCCCAGAUCCAGGCAAAAAUGGCAGGGAGGGUGAGGCGCUCUGCUAACACUAUCAAUUAUGCAUCGUGUUGAACGUGGCUUCGGGGAGGAGGCGGCUAGCGGGGAGGGGUGCGGGAAGGAAGGGACCGCGCGAGCCUGGCUGCGCGCAGCUCAGCGGGUCCCGGCUCCAGGUCUGUCUGCGCCAUAGCCUGCAUUUGCAAAAAGAGUUUAAAGGGAAAGACACGCCUCCUCUCCUUUAGUCGUGCGCCUUCCCUUCCCCCAAAUUCUUCAAAAAUGGUUCGUCUCACGUGUUGCGGGGCGUAAAAGCGGCUCGCAGUCAAUUAGCAGCGAAGCUCACUGGCCCUGGCGGGACCCGCGCGUGAGGCCGAAGCAACAGAUGUGGGAAGCGCUCUGGGGCUGUGGUCCUGGCUCGGCGACAUCAAGUCUGGAGAAGGGGUUGCAGCCCGAGGGCAGCGUGCGGGGAAUCAGCGAGCAGCGGGAUCCGCGAUGCUGCCCUUGCUGGCCCUAUGGUUGGUCUGGGCGCUGCUAGGAGAGGCCAGAGCGUGCCCGGAGCCGUGCGCCUGCGUGGACAAGUACGCGCAUCAGUUUGCCGACUGCGCCUACAAGGAGCUGCGCGAGGUGCCAGAAGGACUGCCGGCCAACGUGACGACGCUUAGUCUGUCCGCCAACAAGAUCACCGUGCUGCGGCGCGGGGCCUUCGCCGACGUCACGCAGGUCACGUCGCUGUGGCUGGCGCACAAUGAGGUGCGCACGGUGGAGUCGGGCGCGCUGGCCGUGCUAAGCCAGCUCAAGAACCUCGACCUGAGUCACAAUCUCAUAUCCAGCUUCCCAUGGAGCGACCUGCGAAACCUGAGCGCGCUGCAGCUUCUCAAAAUGAACCACAACCGUUUGGGCUCGCUACCCCGGGACGCGCUCGGUGCGCUGCCCGACCUGCGCUCCCUGCGCAUCAACAACAAUCGGCUGCGUACCCUGGCUCCUGGCACCUUCGACGCGCUAAGCGCGCUAUCACAUCUGCAACUCUAUCACAACCCCUUCCACUGCGGUUGCAGCCUUGUAUGGCUGCAGGCCUGGGCCGCGAGCACUCGGGUCUCAUUACCCGAACCCGACUCCAUCGCGUGCGCCUCGCCUCCCGCGCUUCAGGGGGUGCCAGUGCACCGCCUGCCCGCCCUAUCCUGUGCACCGCCCAGCGUGAGCCUGAGUGCCGAGCCGCCGUCUGAGGCGCCAGGCAGCCCCCUGCGCGCCGGCCUAGCGCUCAUGCUACACUGCGUUGCCGAAGGACACCCCACGCCCCGCCUGCAAUGGCAACUUCAGAUCCCAGGUGGCACUGUAGUCUUAGAGCCGCCGAUCCUGAGCCGGGAGGACGACGGGGACGGCGUGGAAGGCCAGGAAGGGGAAGGGGACGGGGACGGGCCGACGCAGACGGAGGUCCCAACCCCGACUCCGGCACCCGCUUGGCCCGCGCCCCCAGCCACUCCGCGCUUCCUGGCCCUCACAAACGGAUCCUUGUUGGUGCCCCUUCUGAGUGCCAAAGAGGCAGGCGUCUACACAUGCCGUGCCCACAACGAGCUGGGCACCAACUCCACAUCAGUACGCGUGGCGGUGGCGGAUGCCGGGCCCCCAAAGCACGCUCCUGGAGCAGGAGGUGACCCUGAUGGGCAGGCCCCGACCUCUGAGCGCAAGUCCACAGCCAAAGGCCGAGGCAACAGCGUCCUACCUUCCAAGCCCGAGGGCAAAAUCAAAGGCCAAGGCUUGGACCGGGUUAGCGUCCUCGGGGAGACAGAGGGGCUGGAGGAAGAGGAGGCAGGUGAGGGAGAGGAGGUGGAAGACCAGGUAUCUGCGGAUCCUGUGGAGGAGCAGAGUUGUGGCCACGGGGAUCCCUCGCGGUACGUGUCCAACCACGCAUUCAACCAGAGCGCAGAGCUCAAGCCGCACCUCUUUGAGCUGGGCGUUAUCGCGCUGGACGUGGCGGAGCGCGAGGCGCGGGUGCAGCUGACGCCGCUGGCGGCGCGCUGGGGCCCUGGGCUGGGCGGGGCUGGGGGAGCGGGGGGAGCGGGGCGACCGGGGCGGCGGCCCCUGCGCCUGCUCUAUCUGUGCCCGGCGGGGGGCGGCGCAGCAGUGCAGUGGUCGCGCGUGGAGGAGGGCGUCAACGCUUAUUGGUUCCGCGGCCUGCGGCCUGGCACCAACUACUCCGUGUGCCUGGCGCUGGCAGGCGAGGCCUGUCACGUGCAAGUGGUGUUCGCCACCAAGAAGGAGUUGCCCUCGCUGCUGGUUAUCGUAGCGGUGAGCGUGUUCCUCCUGGUGCUGGCCACCGUGCCCUUGCUGGGCGCCGCGUGCUGCCAUCUGCUGGCCAAACACCCGGGCAAGCCCUACCGUCUUAUCCUGCGGCCGCAGGCCCCCGACCCCAUGGAGAAGCGCAUCGCGGCCGACUUCGACCCGCGUGCCUCCUACCUCGAGUCCGAGAAAAGCUACCCAGCAGGCGGCGAGGCGGGCGGUGAAGAGCCAGAGGAGGUCUCCGGGGAGGGCCUUGACGAAGAUGCGGAGCAGGGGGACCCAGGUGGGGACCUGCAGAGGGAGGAGAGCCUAGCAGCCUGCUCGCUGGUGGAGUCCCAGUCCAAGGCCAACCAAGAAGAGUUUGAGGCGGGCUCCGAGUACAGUGAUCGGCUGCCCCUGGGUGCCGAGGCGGUCAACAUCGACCAGGAGAUUAACGGCAACUACAGGCAGACAGCAGGCUGAACCCGGAGCCCGCCCGGCCCGCCUAUUCCCAUCCCCCACUUGGGUGCCUGGGAGCAGAAGCCUAGGGCUGGCAGGAUUUAUGCCCCCCUCCGCCCCUGUCCUCCGCCACCUUCACUUACUCCGCCCCCUUAUCACUCCCCAAUCUUGACUACCGGGGACUUCUAGUGAGAGUGGGACGAUUUCGCCAUUCUGCCGCCACCCACGACCGUCAUUGUCCUUGUGGGCUGAAUUCCCCUCCACGGCAAGCACACUUCCCCGCUCCUCCCUCCACAUAUAAGACACAACUCGCAGACCGUGAGGCGAAAUCCACGCCUCUCCAUUCCCACCGCAAUUGUUAUCUGCGAAUUCUGCCCAGCGGCCCGCCCCAUCGUGGGCUCUGGAGCCACAGGAAACAGGAGAAGACGUUGGAAACAUCUGGUGGUAACGCUGUGGCUCGAGGGUCAGCCCGGGACCCCUAGCAAAUGUCCCUAGCGUGGAGCG